AUGGCCGUGAACAGUGAGUGUCUAUUACCAUACUACACUGCCCAAAGUGGCUCUGGGGUGGGCAUGUUCAAUACCACCAUGGGGAAGCUGCAGCGGCAGCUGUACAAGGGAGAGUAUGAUAUAUUCAAGUAUGCACCGAUAUUUGAGAGCGACUUUAUCCAGAUCACCAAAAGGGGGGAAGUGAUUGAUGUGCACAACCGUGUCCGGAUGGUGACCGUGGGCAUUGCUUGCACUAGCCCCAUUCUCCCACUCCCUGACGUCAUGCUGCUGGCCCGACCAGCUGCUGGAAACGAAGGGGUCUCUGGACGAACCAAGGGAAGAAGUCGCAAGUCUGCAAAGACCCUGGAGCUCACCAGACUCCUUCCCUUGAAGUUUGUAAGAAUCUCUGUUCAUGACCGUGAGAAACAACAGCUGCGCCUGAAAUUUGCCACUGGCCGUUCUUGCUACCUGCAGCUGUGCCCCCCUCUCGAAGGCCGGGAAGACCUCUUUGCCUAUUGGGAAAAACUAAUCUACCUCUUGCGACCACCAGUGGACAGUAACAGCAGUACCUACGCAAUCCCAGCCGGGGACAUGAUAUGCAUGCCUGUGUUUGAGGAGGAGGACAAGACGAGCCUGGCGGCUGUGGAUUUACAUGCUAAAGGGGAUCAAGACCAGGUUAGCAUUAGGAGCCUCCACAUGGUGUCUGACGUGUGUGGGGCCACCUCUGCUGCUUUUGUUGGCGGGGAGGGAAUCCAGCCUGACUCCCACAGAUCCACAUCCUUGACUGAGGUAGCCUCCCUAAGAACAAAAUCUAAAGAACUUGCCAGAGAGUCAGCAACAGAGGUAGCAGCAGGCUCUCGACCAGCAAGUGGAGGCAAAGGGGAAGGGGACCUGAAAGGUGCAGGAGAAAACAAAACCCACGUGGCCACUACAGGUUCUGCCAAGGUGUCCCCUAAGAGCAUUAAGGUAGCCUCAGCGGCAAACAAGCCCUUGGAAGGUAUUUCCAGUACAUCCUCUAGCCUCUCCCCAGAGGGCAUCAUGAACACGGGGGUAGAACCUGCUAGGAAGACUGUUGGAGAACCAGACAAGAAUUCAGCAGGGGAACCUUUCACCUCAACCCCCCUGAGUGACAAGGGUGGGUCGGCUAAACGGCAUCAAGUCUCCCACAGCAGAACAGAAGUCCACAAGGAGAGGAGGGAAAGAAGGGAGAGGAGAGAAAAGGACAGAACUGUGAGUAGGGGUACCCAUCACCACAGGACGAGUGAAAGUCGUCGCAAGACGGGGGACAAAGUCUCCCGGAAGUCACCUGGCCACAGAACGAUUAGAGAGGAUAAAAAGGGAAAAGGUCGCAGCAGCCCCGGGGGCAGUAGGCACAGCAGUGCCCACAAAGGCAUCAGUCGCACCCCCAUCACCAAGGAGUCCAGGAGCUCCCACAAGUCCGGGAGGAGCUUAUCAACAACGAGUUCCGGUUCAGCCAACAAGAGACUCGGCAGGAUCAGCUCUUUCUUGAAGACCGUCAAAGCCAACCUUACCACUAAAGGGGUGGCCUCAGUGCGCGGCAGAGAUGUGGACAUCAUGACUAAGAGAGAGGAGACGACCACCAUGGAGGCCAUCAUGGAGACAGCAGAGAGUGGCCAGGGACUGGACAUCACUGGUUCUCUGACAUCCGAGGUCAUGGAGACGGUGACCUUUGAAACCCAUUAA